AUGGCGGAAGAGGUGAAGUACCGAGGAGUGAGGAAGAGGUCUGGGGGGAGAUACCAAGCGGAGAUAUGGAUAGGAUACAAUAAGCACUUAGGAAUGUUCGACACAGCAGAGGAGGCUGCGUUGGCGUAUGAUGCGGCAGCAAUAAGGCUUCGCGGUGUCAAUGCCAAGACCAACUUUCCAAUUCCAAGCCGUCGAAGCAGUACUGGUGGUGGUGGUGGUGGAGUUGGAGAUACUGUUACCAUUGCCCGUCAAUCAGAGUCAUCAUCACCAGAAUCUAGGCACAUUGAGAUUGACUUGAAUCUACCUCCGCCACCAGAAGACACAUGA